AUGAAGCAGCUUUCCAUGAAGGAGGUUGGGGACGGGCUGCAGGAGCAGAUGAACUGCAUGAUGGGCGCCCUGCAGGAGCUGAAGCUGCUGCAGGUGCAGACGGCGCUGGAGCAGCUGGAGAUCUCGGGGGGCCGCGGGCGGGACGUGCCCGCAGCCCGCAGGGUGCGGGGGGAGCAGCAGAGCCCCACGGCCCCAAAACCCCCGGGUCCGUCCCUUCCCGCCGCGCUCUCAGAGGGCAGCAGCCUUGGAGACACCUCCUCGUCCUCCUCCUCCGGGAGCCUCUGGGGGGAGGGGGUUUAUCACCCGAAAAGACCUUCCUCGGUGCUGGGCGGAGCAGAGCACGCCCAGCCAAGGAGACGGGAGCCCCGGGGCCAGGGCAGUGCCUGGGGACAGCCCGUGUGCUGGGAGUGCCCGGGCUGUGACGAUGGCCACGACUGGACCUCAUCCCUCAUGUCCCAGAGCAGGAACAGGCAGCCGCUGGUCCUGGGGGACAACAUCUUUGCAGACUUGGUUGGGAACUGGUUGGAUCUGCCAGAGCUGGACAAGAAGGGGGAGAAGAACGAGGCAUCCCUGGCCGUGAGCAGAUCCCAGGAGCUCUGCAGGAAGUUCUCCCUCACAGCCAACAUCUUCAAGAAGUUCCUGAGGAGCGUUCGGCCAGACCGAGACAGGCUGCUCAAGGAGAAGCCCUGCUGGCUCCCUCCUGAAGACAAACAGCCAGAAAUCUCCAAGAGACCAAAAACGAUGAACAAACUCAAGGGGACAUUUUACUUCCCGCUCCAUGGGAACAUCCAGAGCCACCACAGCAAAGCAGAGCAGGGCCCAAAGGCAGAAAGCAAUCGUGAGAAACCCAAAACUGGCACCAAGAAAGUCCACAGUACCAUAGACUACACCCAGUCUGGGUUUGACAUCAAUACAGCUGUUUGGGUCUGA